UCAGGUGAGGUAGGCACUCCGGUGGCAUGUUAUAGGCCCCAAGAACAUCUUUACUGGUACCAAAUGUACCUAUGCUACGAACUGUUGUCAGGUCUCGCUGUAUUACAUUGCGCGCGAAUUCGUUGUUGCGAUGGUGUCAUGUCUACCGUCAGUUCGGUUUUGUGUGUGUGCAAAUUGUGCCAUGGAUAAAACGGUGGACUUCCAAAGGAGCAUUAAACGGUCAAACUGAAUUGGGGACAUUCGUUUUGAUUCAGAAAUUGCACGUUAGGAUGGCUCACAAGAGAGCUCCGUCGGAAGGAGAACCCCCUCAUAAACGAGUCAGUCGUCAGCAGGAAGACGCAGAGCAAGAGAACAAUGUCAGACCGAACUAUCAUCACUCUCAACAGAGCACGGCUGAGGAGGGAGAAGCAGGCAUCGUGGAGAGCAUCACCCUCAAGAACUUCAUGUGUCACACUCUCUUGGGCCCAUUCACCUUCGGCUCCAAUGUCAACUUUGUCGUUGGCAACAAUGGAAGUGGGAAGAGUGCUGUCCUCACGGCGUUGAUCGUAGCCCUUGGCGGGACUGCCCAGGCCACCAACAGAGGCGCUUCUCUCAAGGGUUUUGUUAAGGAAGGAGAGAGUUCUGCCGAGGUGUCGGUCACUCUGCGGAACACAGGCCGAGACGCCUACAAGCUGGAGGAUUACGGGCAAGCCGUCAUCAUAGACCUGAAACUCACACGAGAUGGAAUGAGGACCUUCAAACUGAAGAGCAAAUCGGGCCAAAUAGUGUCGACCAAAAAAGAAGACCUCAUGUCAAUUCUGGACAAUUUUAAUAUUCAGGUCAAUAACCCUGUGUCCAUCCUCACUCAAGAGAUGAGCAAACACUUCCUACACUCUAAAAGCGAGGGGGACAAGUACAAGUUUUUCAUGAAGGCAACUCAGCUGGAGCAGAUGAAAUUAGACUUUAUAUCCAUUAAAACAGCCAAGCAGUAUACUGAGGAAAAAGUGUCGCAGAAUGGGGAGUGUCUGCGGGAUCUGAAGAAGACAUACCUGGAGAAGGAGGACAACUACAAGAGCUUGUCUUCGCUGGACGACAUGCAGGCCAAGCUUGAGGAGCUGCAGAAGCAGAUGGCCUGGUGCCUGGUGGCUGAGAUGGAGGCAGAGCUGCUGCCCGUGCGGCAGAAGCUGAAGUCAGACCAGCUCUCCACACAGAAAUUCGAUGACAAAGUUGAAGAAUGGAAGAACAAGGUCACUGAGGGGGAGCGGAAAUACAAGCAGAUUCACGACCAGCUGAACGGCCUAACAGAGCGCGUCCAGGAGCUGCAGCCCCAGUCCACUCAGCUGAAGGCGGUGGCCCAGAGACAGGACAGCCUGCUCAAGGCUGGAGAGGUGACCUUUCAUCUAUGCAAGAAAAGCUUGAAGAUCCUGGAGUCGGACAGGGGCCAGCUGUGCUCACGGAUCAAGGAGCUCAAGCUCAGCAUCAGUCAGGCCACCGGAGCAGAGAGCCAGCUGAAGGACCGACGCAUGCAGGAGCUGCAGGCGGAGCUGCAGGAUCUCAGCCAUCAGGACUCCACCCUGGGCCAGCAGAUCGAACAGUACCAGCAGGCCACCCACCGGGCCAAGGAGGAGCUCGGAAAGCUCAGGAACGAGCAGAGCGGCCUCCAGAAGUCCAUCGACGCCAACAGCAGGAACCUGCUGACGCUGAAAGCCAGCAGCUCCAACCGGCUGAGGCGCUUUGGCGAGCACAUGCCCGGGCUGCUCAAAGCCAUCCAGGAUGCCCACCGGGCCGGCCAGCUAAAAGAGAGGCCCCGGGGCCCCCUGGGAUACUGCAUUAGCCUGAAGGACCCCCAGAUGGCCCUGGCGGUGGAGGUCUGCCUGAAGGGUCAGCUGCAGGCCUUCGCCUGCGACAACCACAAGGACGAGAACGUGCUGCAGGGCUUGAUGGCUCGGGUCUUCCCCUCCGGCCAGCGGCCCGGCAUCAUCACCAGCCGUUUCCUGGAUCGUGUCCAUGACACCAGCAGGAGGGGUGUAGACCACCCUACCUAUCCAUCAGUACUACAGUCUCUAGAGGUCGAGGAUCCUGUUGUGGCAAACUGCCUUAUUGACCAGAGGGGAAUCGAGAGGAUAUUGUUGAUCAAGAAUGCCGCUGAGGCUCGUGCAGUGAUGGCCAAACCCCCGAGGAACUGCACUCAAGCCUUCUCCGUGGAGGGAGACCAGAUCUUUGAAAACCGGUCGUGGUCGGCUGAACAAUCUAGACCCAACUUCCUCUUCGGGGAUGUGGAGGAGGAGAUCAGACACCUGCAGCGGGAGAUGGAGAACCAGACGGCGCAGGUGGGGUGCUACCAGCAGAGGAAGCAGAAGGUGGAGGAGGACAUCGGGAAGAACGAGGACCUGCUGAAGAAAGCCCACGUGGAGCAGAAGAAAACCCAGGGGAAGGAAAGGAAGCUGCAGCUGGAGCUGACCGAGCUUCAGAAUAUGGAGGAGCUGCAGUCAGAGGACCUCCAGCCCCUGGAGGAGGAUCUGGAGGAGGUCGUCGGUAAGAUCGCCUCCCAGCAGGCCCAGUGUGAGGAGGCGCGGGCCCAAAUGGCCCAGCUCAAGGCCAACUUUGAGGAGGCGGAGCAGCAGGACAGGAAGCUCAAGGAUCAGAUCAGUGCCAUGGCGGAGGAGGCCGACUCCAUGAAGGAGGACCUGACUAAUAGCGACCAGGAGGUGAUGAAAUGCAAGCACCACAGUAAGCACUAUGAGGAGAAGCGCAAGACCCACUUGGACAACAUCCUGGCCCUCCAGGCCAGCCUGGAGGGCCAGGAGUAUGAGCUGGCGGCGUCAGUUACCAAGGCAACAGAGAUCUGUCCAGAGCGCCUUGAGGUACGCCGGACUGCCAGGAAUCUGGACAACGAGAUCAACCUUGUCAAGACUAAAAUCACUACCCAGCAAGCCCAGCAGGGCAACCGGGAAGAGAUUGUUAAGCAGUACAAGGAGGCCUAUGAGAAGUAUAAGGACACGGCCCAGCAGAUGAAGUGCCUUAAGAGCUUCAUCAGGACCCUCAACCAGAUCAUCACAGACCGCCUGAAGGCCUACAACUCCCUGAGGAGUAUGCUGUCUGCUCGCUGUAAAUACUACUUUGACAGUCUGCUGUUCCAGAGAGGCUACACAGGCAGCAUGACCUUUAAUCACAACGACGAGACCCUCUUCAUCUCCGUGCAGCCGGGGGAGGGAGACAAGGCGGAGCUGAGUGACAUGCGGUCGCUGUCCGGCGGGGAGCGCUCCUUCUCCACCGUGUGCUUCGUGCUCUCCCUCUGGGCCAUCACCGAGGCCCCAUUCCGCUGCCUGGAUGAGUUUGAUGUCUACAUGGAUAUGGUGAACCGCAGGAUUUCCAUGGACAUGAUGCUGAAGAUAGCGGACAGCCAGCGCUACAGGCAGUUCGUCUUCCUCACCCCACAGAGCAUGAGCUCGCUUCCUGAGAGUAAAUUCAUCCGUAUCCUGCGGAUGAAGGACCCGGAGCGAGGCUCCCAGGACCAGGCGUCCAGCCGGGAAGACCCAGCCUGAGGAAGAGGCCCAUGGGGGCGAUCACUUUGAUGUUGAGCACUGUUAAAUGUUCCUCAGUUUGUCGUUACAAGUUGCUUUAGAUUUGAAAGUUGUGUAUUCUGUUUUGCAUGUUAAAAGUUAGCAGGAAAGUUAAAUUUACAAUUGCAAAAUAUGGCCCCUCACUCUUAUUGUUCUGCAUUGUUUUUGUUCUGAUUUUAACAUCCUACCAGAGAUGAUAAUAAAUGUCCAUGAAUACACAAUGA